AUGGAACAUCUUGAGUGGUCCCUUAAUUUAGUGGCAAGGUUAACUAAUUCAAGCUUCAUAAAACUUUGAAGGAAAGUGGGCACUAAAGGAGUUACAUUUUUUAUUGAUUCUGGUGCCACUUACAAUUUUAUAUCAACAUAGUUAAUGGAACAACUAAGGCUUCUCCUAACAUCAAUAUUUGAUUAUGAGGUGGUGAAGACAUAAGAGUGGUUGUGAAAGGAAGAGGUACAUGUAAAAUAGUGAUGCUUGAAUUCUAAAGAUUGAUUGUGGUAAAAAAAUUAUUUCCUCUAUGUUUGGAUAGCACUAACAUUAUACUCAAUAUGCAAUGGAUGAGGAUCAUCAAAACUAUGGAAGUAAAUUAGAAUUAACUAUUGAUGAAGUUUUUUAUGAAUAGUAUAAUAAUAGUCUUAAAGGGGGGCCAAAGUCUUUAUAAGUUUGACAUUUUUAAAUUUUUUUUACUUUGUGAACUAAAUCAAUAAUGAAUAUUGAUAGAGUUGUAUGAAAUAAGCAAGGUAAAUAAAUUUCACAUAUUUUUUGUCCUUAUAAGUUUGAUGUGACAACUCACAAAUAGUAGUAAGAUGUUGAAGUAUUCUAAGAUAAGAAAUCAAAACUCAAUACAAUAAUGAUGUAGCCCAAGACACAAGUUAAAGUUUCAACUUUGAAUUUGGGCCCACUUACCUUAAAUUUAGGUUAUAAAGUAAAAAGUGCUAAAAAAAGAGCCCACAUAAGUCACUAGUGGGCUGGAGGUUUGAAAAAUAAUAUUUAUUUUCUAUUUUAUGUCCUUUCACUUUUAGAAGGUACUUUAUGUCUCUUUCCUUCUAGAAGAGACUUUAAUGUGGUUCAAUCUGUACUUAAAAUUUGUUAAGGAUCUCUGACUAUUGAAGUUUGUACCUAAGAUUUUUUUAGUAUAUCUACUCAUUAGAGUUCAUUUUAGGUCAUUUCAGAGUUAGUCAAAGUAUUUUUAGAAGAUCUGUCUAAGAUUUCAAUCUAUUAAAGUCUCUUUUAAGCUAUUUCAGAGUUAGUCAGACUUUGUCCCCAUAAUCUAUCAGGAUCCUAUUUUUGAGAAUGACUAACUUCCUUUCUAGGCCAAUAUAAAGGCCCCCAUUGUAACUUGAGGUUUUUACUUUUUUAGUUGAAUCAAUUUUCUCUAUUGUGAAAAUCUUUCUCUCUUAUUUGUGGAUUCAAGCACCCCUUUGUGGAUUCAAGGGUUGAAGACUCUGAAUAUGUGAAUUUAGAAGCUGAUUUCUUUCCUAAGAUUGGAGCUUUGUGA